AUGUGUCGUUUUGUUCAAGAGGUUGUUGAGACUUUCUACAUAUUCCUCUUUGUGGUCAGCGCUGUGCGCUAUGAUUUUGAAGAUGUGCAACCUCCCACGACCAGCAGCUUCUGCCGCAGCACUUGCGGCAAACCGACGACGGAAGAGCCCUGUGCUGCCCGGCAGAGUCUUUACGAACUUCGUGGUGAAGCCGCAGUGCAGUUGAGUUGGCAGCUAACUUCGACCACGAGGUACUUUAUUGGCAACCCAAGAUGCGAAGCGCUCGAAGAUAUCUCCACCAGUGUUGUGCCCUGGGUAGACCCAAAGGACCCCCUCAACGAAUCAAGAAUUCUGAUCUUCAUGGAUGCCGUGCAUGAGCUCAAACUUCGCAGAAGCCAGACAGCUGCAGUCCUAUGUGGAGGUGAUGAGAAAGAAGCGCUGUGCAUUUGCACAUUGGCAGGCAACGAGCCUUUGGCAGGAUUUGACGUCUUGGGAGCUUUGGCCUCAUCAAUGCCUUCAGUGGCUUCUCAACGCCUGUAUGAGCUACAAGCUUCGUUGGAACGUCGCUGCCCUUGGCCGCAGGUGAUCAACCGCUACGGCGCAGCACUGCUGCUGAUGGCUUUGCUCAUCCUGGUGCUGGUGGCCGAAGCGGCUUGGGCAGCACGGCGUGCAGAGGUGCCGGAGGACGUGGGCUCCGUAUGGCCUGACGAUUUGGUUUUCUUCAAGACGCCGUUGAAGAACUUCACAGCAGGCUUUACUUGGCUCUUUGGCUUUGUGACCUCAAUCAUCGCUUUACAAACGGUGGCUUUGGUGCUCCUGAAGAAAUCGGAUGACUCGGAAUAUGCUGAAAGCAAGGUGUGGCUCAUCAUUAUCUAUCCAUGCAUCCUCACGAUCAUCGGAGCCUACCGCCUGAUGAUCCUCUUAUGCAAGAAACAGCUCUCGCACGCCUGUGGGGAGCGGGCGAUGUUCAUCACCGAGCCUGUGGCUUCCAACGGACUUGAUGCCUUCUUGCUGGGUGGUCUUUGUGCCUAUGCCGUGGGUCUUCUGCUGCAGACCGGCAUGGGCAACAUCAUUUUGGUGUUCAGCGCCUUGUUGGGACCUGCCUGGUCGAUGAUGAAAGCGCUGAUGCAAGCUCAUCAGUUAGAAGCCGAGUUGGACAGGGUGCAGACCGACUGGAUGAAAGCUUCUACUGCUAGAGCUGAUCUGCCAAAGGCUGUUUCAAGAACAUGGAAGUCGGUUCUGGCCGCUGGUCGUGCUGGCAGUGAUUUGACAUCCGAUCCCGUAGAUGACCCGCAUGGGUCUGGAGACAUGCAGUUGAUCUUGAACUUUGGCUGGUACCGCCGGACGGUGCUGCAGCUGACUGGAUCACGUUCAGGCUUUCUCAUCUUGCCCAGCUUCGCCUUAAUGCUCGCAUUCUUCCUCAGCAUCUCAGGGCUGCAGAGUUUAAACUAUGCCUGCUCCUGCGGCGAGCUCACCGACCUUUCCCUAGCAAGCUCUCUGCAUACCUUGAAGUUCAAGCCCUGGCAGGCAGAGUAUGUGGUGGACAUCGACACCAGCUUCAAGCAGGCAUCCAUGUUGGCCUAUGCAGAUACAGCCGCAACACGGUGGAUUUCAGUGCUACAGCCAAAUGGCUCACCAUCAAAAGCACCGAUUGGGGAGGAGAAAGGUGCGAGUAUUACGGAAGUUGUUCUGACCAACAUGCCGAUUCCAAGAAUCGCUACCGUGCAGGUGAAAGGGCUGCGAACAUCACUGGCCGAGAAGCAAUACAUGGUUCGCUUUGCACCCAUGCAGACCCUGCCAGUGGCUUUGGUUCUGAGCAGUGGAAACUUCAGCACAACCCUUCCAUGGUCGGCUUUGAGUGGGACCGUUGUGAGCGUCCCCAGAGUGACGCAGGAUGUGGAGGUGAAGGUGAUCUUGACGGAAUUUCAUCUUAGCUUGCCCGUGCGGCAUGACCUUCACAACCAACAUCCCAGUAGCGUUCAAGAGUGGACAGCCUUUGAGAGGAAAGACAACAACUCCAACAGAAGCUGGUGCCAUCACAGAUGUGAUGAGUCCUUAGACUGUUUGAGGGCCUUUCCUGGUGAAGGAGGGUGCUUUUAUGCUCAGAAUGAUCACAAGAGCAGGCAGGUCCACCACUCCAACACACCAGUAGCCGUGACUGAGGGCCGCAAGAUUUCGGGCACUUUGACAGGUUGCAGAUCUCAGACAUCAAGUGACACCUGUAGAACAGUGCCCGCAAAGGCUGAUGAACUCUCCUUUGGGAAAGUGUCGCCUGAUUGGCAUGGGUCUUUUGCACGCCUUAGUCUGAAGAUGAUUUUGGACGUGGGGGAGAUGAACUUCACUUCGGACUACGCCACCAUUGACCUCCGCCAGGGACUUCCAGGGGUGACAGAAGCUAUUUGCCUUCUUGUGGUACGGAUGAGCAAUGGCACCCAUUCAACACUGAAGGUGCGCAGCUUUGCCGAGUCUGGGGAGGUGAUGGUCCGUGUCUCAAACUACGAUCCUUUGGAGGUCGCUUCAAUGGACUUGAUCAUCUUGCCUCUCCUUCCAGACAUUGGCUUCAACGUGAGCUGGAGCCCUUCAGGUGGCCAAGUGAACAUGACCCAUGAUGACAGGAUUCACCUGCGAAGCAGCACCAAGUGUACUGAGAGCAGUAGACUUCGUGCACGAUACGCAGCAUGUGGUGCAAAACAUGGGAUAGAUGAUGAGCCUCUCAAGGUAAAGCUGCUACCUUGGACGGGGAAUCCAGAAGAUCCAGUGGCUUUCACAGUGGUGCCCCGUAAAGCUCAAGGUGGACAAUGGACAUCGCCUUCAAUGCAUUCGAUGAAGAUGAGCUUCGAGGGUGCUGAUAGUCCCGCAUUCUGGGCAGCUAGAAAGCACGGCUGUGAGCUCCUGAAGAGAGAAGAGCCUGAGAUCAGGCGGAGCUUACUUUCCUCAGGAGAUGCUUUGUGCCACUUUAUUGAGCAAGAUUGUGCCAAGAGCACGAAGCUUUGUGAGUUGAUUGACAAAGAAUCUUUGGGUGGUGGAAAUGACUGGUCCUACGCUAUUGACGAACACAUACGACAGAAACCUCUCCUGGGGCAUGACUCCACAGUGAAGCUUUUGGCAACCUUGAAGAAGCACAACGUUUGCAAGAUCACGUACAAGUUCUUCUACAAAGACACGUACCUUCAAUUAGAGGAGCAUGGGGCCACGGUUUCCUUGAGCAUUUUCCUGAGGGAAGUGGCUGCUCUUGGCCAAACUGGGUCGGACUUUCUGGAGGCUGUGCGCUCCAGCAUGGAUGAGAAGAGCCGAAAAGCUCUGGACGAAGAUUUACCUCAAGCAGUGUGGCAGGUACCUCGUUUUUCUGCCAACCUCACCAUCAGUGUGGCCAAUUUCUCGGCAGACAUGCAGCAGAAGCUCCUAGAAAAUAUGAUCUCCUCUAAGAUGCACCUUCAGGAGAAAGAAGUGCAUCAACUGCAGCCAGCCUUUGCAGAGGUCAAGAGGCUUAACCUGGGGCUGACAACACCCGAGCAGCUGGGAGAAGCUGCGGAGGCACUUCGACUUGCGCCACCAGAGUUGGAGAAGUUGAGCUUGACCUGCAAAGGAUGUCCGCAAAGUGACCGAGAGGGAUUGGUUGAGCAUUGGCUCACUAUAUUGCCGCACAUGAGACUGGCGAAGGAACUUAUUGUGGAGUACUUCGUACUGAGCAACCCUUCACUUGGAGAGCCCUUGAGAACGAGUUUGGCCGCCUGCAACGCAAAAGAUGUGAGGCUGUUGCGCUUGCAACUGGGCCCCAACGCCAAGCAGUUGGCCGAAGGCCUUGGUCUCAUGGCCUCCCUGGAGGAGUUGUUUUUGAGGGAUGUCUCCCUGGGAGACUUCGCAAAGUGGAUGCCGAACAUGAAGAAUUUGACCUAUUUCGUUUACAAGCACGGCACCCCGGAGAGCGCGGCUGCAGCGCUCCGAGGCCUCGAGGCCAAUCCUCCGCAGAACGUCAAGACGUUUGACUUCUCCUGGACCGCGGUGGGGCCGGAGGAGGGCCGACGGCUCCCGAAGAUCCUCCAGAGGUUGCGGCAGGUGCAGGCGGUUUCCCUUGAUGAAAAUCGCCUGGAUGAAGCCGUGGGCGAGGAGCUGGUGGAGGCCGUGGGAGAGAUGAAGGAAUUGCGGGAGAUGCGGCUGGAAGGCAACGACAUCCGCGAGGAGACCAAGAAGAAGAUCCAAGAGGCGUGCAGAAGAAACCAGGAAGAUUGA